UUACAAGUUUCGGGCGAGAAAAAACUGUUACAUUUUGUGCGUACAAAAAUUCACUGAAAACCUUAACAAAAGCCAAUAAACAUACAUAAAAGCAGCCAUGUCCGAUUAUGAGAACCAAUCCGCCAGUGAUAAGGAACUGCAGGAGUUUAUGAUGAUUGAAAAACAAAAGGCGCAGGUCAACGAACAGAUACAUGAAUUCCAUGGGAUCUGCUGGGAGAAAUGUAUUGGAAAACCUAGCACUAAACUCGACCAUGCAACAGAGACAUGCCUCAGCAAUUGUGUGGACCGCUUUAUCGAUACCUCAUUGCUGAUAACCCAGCGAUUCGCUCAGAUUCUACAGAGACAGAGCUCUGGUGGCAUGUAGACCAUUAACUAUCUCUUAACUGGUCUCCGCUCCUAGUGCACAACAACAACAACAACAGCAGCAGCAACAACAAGAACAAGAAACAACGAUGAUGAUAACUAAGAACACAAUUUGGGCCUUGUAUUAUCAACUGGAUUCAAUUGGAGCCUAUGUUCCAUUUUCUGCAUAUAUAUAUAUAUAUCCUCAAAAAUUACCUUGUAAGAAGUUGAUGUGGAGUCAAUCUGGUGCAAAAUUUGUAUUCUGUAUGUGCUACAAAACGACAAAACAAAAUUCUAAAACCAAAAAAGAAAAACCAUAAGAUGCAUGGUAUAAUAUUGUAUUAAUAGUUUUUUUUUUUUUUUGGUUCCCCCAAGGUUGAAUAUUUGACAAAACAUAAAUAAACAUUGCAGACAAUGUUAGUUAACUAAUCCUA